CCGGAUGUGGAAGUCAUCAGUAACACAUGUCGAAGAAAAUAAAGUCCUACUUUUCAUGAAAUGGACUUAAAUGCAAAGAAAACGAGUUCACGGGCUUUACUGACGUGCGGAAAUGGCGGAGGUCUCAGUGAGAAACUUCUCCUCAAGCCAAAGGCUGGCACAUCCCUGCAGACAGAGAGAGUCCCAAGAAGCAGCGUGCUGGAGCGGCUGCAGAACUUUCUUCCUCAGAUGGCCGAAGCUAACAAGAAGCUGAAGCAGCAGAUGGAAGAUGCUCCUGCUGGAUGCUUUGACAUAGAGAAUGUGGAAGAGACAGAAAGGGUCAUACACAUGGAUGUAGCACUGGUUGAGCUCGACGGGUCAGACAGCGAUUCUGAAGGCAGCGAGGAUACAUCAGACUCUGAUGAGUCAUCGGACUCUGAAAACGAUGAUGACGAGAUCACAGAGCAGACCCUCAAACUGCCUGGACAUGAAGGCAGGAAGAAGAAGGUCAACAUCCAGGUUGUGGAAGAGCAGCGGGAUGAGUGAAGAGUGAGCUGGACAGACUCGGCCAAGUUUCGUCUUCACUUGAGGCGCUAUUUGAAAAACUGCCUUUGGGGAUUUUUUGUAUUCUCCUGAAGGGUAACAGAAAGCUCCUGCGUGGAGACUUGCAGACUUUUCUCAUCCCUAUGGGAAAGACUUUGAAAUAUUUUUUUUUGUUUAUCUACAUAAAAGAGCAAAACAUAUACUGUAAUAUUUUGAUAUUGUCUGCACAGUACUAGUAUGUGUUGAGGUGAAUUACUGUGGAUCAGCUUGUUUUUUCCACUGAUUUCAUUAGUUUUUUUUAACAUAUUUUUCUAUCAGUUUAGGCAUGAGGAACGGAAUUAAGAAGGAAGAUGUGAAAUCAAAGCCUCACUUUGUUUCUUGUUUACUGCAUUAAUAAUUAAUUCAUAAAUGUUAGUUUCACCCUCAAAUUGUUUUAAUCAUUCAGUCAAGAAGACUUUGUGUACAGUAUCUUUAAUACAAACUUAAAGUAGAACAAGGUGCUUCGUAAUAAAAAAACACCCUCACAAUGAAAAGAAUUAUUAAAAGCUUAACUCCAACUUUAUUGAUACACCUUCUUGAUACCAGGCUGGAGCCCUUUUUGCCUUCUGAACUGCAUUAAUUUUUCAUGAGAUAGGUUGAUCAAGGUGUUGGAAACAUUCCUCAGAGAUUUUGC